AUGGCGCCACAACUCGCUUGGAUUGGCCUCGGCAACAUGGGCAGGAACUUGGUGGAAAAGGGUAACCUCGAUAAGCCCCUAAUCCUGUUCAACCGCACCAAAGCCCGCUCCGAAGACCUCGCAUCCAAACUCGGCAGCUCCAAGACCAAGGUUGUCGAUACCAUCAACGAUGCUGUCAAACCUUCCGACAUUGUCUUCAUGUGCCUGGGCGACGAUGCAGCCGUGAACGCUGCUGUUGACAAGAUGCUCGAAGAAGAUGUCAAGGGCAAACUUAUUGUAGAUUGCUCCACGGUACACCCAGAAACGACGAAUGCUUUGGAGAAAAAGAUAACCGAGAAGGGGGGUGAGUUCGUGGGCAUGCCAGAAGUGCUCCCUCAGGACGGGCCUGACAACAUCCCAGUAUUCGGUGCCCCAGCCAUGGCAGACAACGGCCAGCUUGUUUGUGUGACAGCAGGCUCAAAAGCGUCCUGCGAUAAGGUAGUCCCGUAUACGACAGGCGUGAUGGGUCGUACGAACAUCGAUUACUCAGGCCAGCCAGCAGGAAACGCUACCCUCAUGAAAGUCAUCGGCAACACUUUCAUUUUGAACAUGGUCUCGCAGCUAUCUGAAGGCCACGUCCUUGCCGAAAAGUCUGGUCUAGGGGUAGACAACCUCCACACAUUCGUCUCUACCAUGUUUCCCGGUCCCUACACCGCGUACUCGCAGCGCAUGCUAGCCGGCGACUACUAUCAGCGCGAGGAACCUCUCUUCCAUAUCGACUUGGCACGAAAGGACGCAAGACAUGCGAUGUCGUUGGCAGAGAGUAGUGGUGCGAAGGAAAGUAUGAAGAUGCUAGGCUUAGCACAAGGGAGACUGGAUAAGGUGAAGAGUGAAAUCGGGGACAGAGGAGAUAUUCCGAGUGUUUACGGAGUUGUGAGGAAAGAGAGCGGCUUGGAUUUCAAGAACAAAGAUUAG